AUGCUCUCCGGACAUGGUUGUUUCGGAGGGUAUCUGUGUCUGAUCGGUCGGGAGCCGUCUGCUAUCUGCCACCACUGUGACGGAUGUGCUGACGAGGACGCCCAGCACACCUUGGAGGUUUGCCCAGCCUGGGACCAAGACCGCGCGGAGCUUCGCGCGGUCGUGGGGGACGACCUUUCUCUGCCGGCUGUCGUGAGACAGAUGGUCGACAGCGAGAGGUCGUGGACAGCAGUGCAGACCUUUGCGGAGAGCGUCAUGCUCCGCAAAGAGGCGGCGGAAAGGGUGAGAGAGGACACGUUCGACCUCCCCAUACGCCGCCGGCGCACUGGGCGCAGGAGGCGGGCAUACGCCCUGCACCUGCUGCCCCCACAAUAA